AUGAAGAUCAACAAGGCAUGCGAUCUCAGCUCAAUAUCCGUCCUUCCUCCUCACACCAGGAGACCUAACACUGUACCGAGUGGAUUGCAAUCAUCGCAGCCUCGCUCACAACCAUCUCAGCAAUCAAUUUCUCAUGGACUUUCAUCUCACUCUCAGCAUGCAAUGUUGUCUCAGUUCUCUCAAAACUCUCAGGAUGAAGCUGUGAUAAAUAGCCAGAGAGUUUGUUCUCAAGAACAUGAGAACUCGGUGAGAAGGAGUUCUUGCUUGCCCCGAAUUCAAUAUUCACGGGAAGAGAGUCAACAACCCAAUUUGAUAUCUUCAUCCACUCUCAUGCGCAAAUGGAAUUCUGCAGAUCAUAAAAGCCAGUUAAGUGAAGGACUUGAACACCGAAUUGGUAUAAUGGAAACUUCGUUGAACAGGAUUGCGAUGAUAUUGGAUUCUGUUCAAAGUGAUGUAAUGCAAGUUAACAAAGGAACAAAGGAAACUAAUUUAGAGAUGGAAUGCAUACGGCAGAAGUUGAUCAUUCAUGAUAACUCACUGCAAUUAAUGAUCAAAGGACAAGAAGAAAUUAAAGCAAGCAUUGAAGGGAACUUGAAAUCGUUAUCUGAACACAUGUGCAAGGUUACAAGCCAAGAGAAGUUACAGGAAGUAUCUUCAGUGGUUUCAACUUUGCCACAGCUAAUAGAAGCCUCUCUGCGAAGUCUACAAAAUGAACUAGAUAGCUCCUUCACCAAGGAAAUGCAGGUUACCACACCCAAAAGGCCUCAGCCUCAGCCUGCUGCGAAUUUGUCACUUGUAAAAGCACUUGUUAUGACCAAGGUCACAGGUAUUUUUCUUGAUUUCAGUGAAGCAAAAAUUACUGUAGCUCCCAAGGUAGAAAUGGGAGGGUGGAAGCCAGUAAAAAAUGCGAGGGUCACUUUUUCAGAUAAAUUAUCUGAGAAGGUACACAAGCAGACAGAGCCAAACACUGGAAAGUAUGAAAUGGGAGGAAGAGACUAUGCAAUUAUCAUUGAAUCUGAUGAGGAGACUGCUGAAAGUUGUUCCAGCUUGGUUGAAGAAAACGCAGUCUUUAUAAAUUUUCAUGGGGAAGAGCUUUACGGAAAAUUUACUAAGGAAGAAGAUGAAGAAGCUCAGCAGAUUUUCCAAAAAGCAAGGAGGCGCAAGAGGAAGUAUUGUAAUGCUACAAUUAUUCAUUGA